AUGGGUUUCAACAUGGUUUCGUUCUAUGUUGACUGGGCUCUCCUCGAGGGAAAACCUGGAGAAUUCAGAUCAGAGGGCGCGCUGGACUUACAGCCGUUUAUCGAUGCGGCGCAUGAGGCAGGGAUUUAUCUCCUUGCACGACCGGGCCCAUAUAUCAAUGCUGAGGUUUCGGGUGGUGGAUUUCCUGGAUGGUUGCAGAGGGUGAAAGGGCUUUUAAGGACGAAUGCGACGGAUUAUCUAGAGGCGACAGACAAUUAUGUUGCCCACGUCGCCAAGAUCAUCGCAAAAGCUCAAAUCACCAACGGCGGACCAGUCAUUUUGUAUCAACCUGAGAACGAGUACAGCGCAGCUCAAGGAACGCCUUUCCCCAACCAUGAUUACUUGAAAUACGUCAAAGAUCAGGUUCGCAAGGCUGGCGUUGUUGUGCCUCUUAUCAACAAUGAUGCUUGGCCAGGAGGUACCGGAGCUCCUGGAACGGGACCUGGCGCUGUCGACAUUUAUGGACAUGAUGGAUAUCCUGUUGGAUUCGACUGCCAAAACCCGUAUAAUUGGCCCAAGGAUGGUCUUCCGACGACGUGGCACGCGGAGCAUGAGAAGAUCAGCCCCAACACACCGUAUUCAAUCGUUGAGUUCCAAGGCGGAGCCUUUGAUCCACCAGGUGGCUACGGCUUCAGCAAUUGUUACGAACUCACUAACCACGAAUUCGCUCGCGUCUUCUACAAGAACAACAUCGCCGCUGGCGUCACCAUCUUCAAUAUCUACAUGACCUUCGGCGGCACUAACUGGGGCAACCUUGGCCACUCUGAUGGCUAUACCUCGUACGACUAUGGAGCCGCUAUCAAGGAAGACAGAACAAUCGCUCGUGAAAAGUACUCCGAGAUAAAGCUCCAAGGCCAAUUCCUCCGCGUCUCACCGAAUUACGCCAUCGCAGAAGCAAGCAACUUCACAACCACAGAGUACACCGACAACAAGAACAUCGCCGUUACGGCACUUACCACCAAAAAGGAUGAUGCUUUCUACGUCGUCCGCCACGCAGACUAUCGCACCACGGACUCAGCAUCUUAUAAGCUCAAGGUCAAAACCUCCGCGGGGACACUGACUAUUCCUCAGCUUGGCGGGUCUUUAUCGCUGCAUAGACGCGAUUCAAAGAUCCAUGUUGUGGACUAUCCCGUUGGCAAGUUUGAGUUGUUGUACAGCACUGCGGAAGUUUUCACGUGGAAGAAGUUUGGGGAUAAGACUGUUCUUGUGCUUUACGGUGGUCCGGAUGAAGUUCAUGAAGUUGCGGUCAAGGGAGAAGAGAAGCUGAAAGUUGUUGAGGGCGAUGGGGUCAAGAUUGAAAAGAAGAAGGGUGCUGGUGUCUUUCAGUUCAAGACUAGCACGAAGCGUCGUGUUGUGCAGACUGGAUCUCUUUACAUCUACCUCUUGGAUCGCAAUGCUGCGUACAAGUACUGGGUGCCUUCCAUCCCGAGUAAGAAGAGUGGGGAAUACGGAUCGUCUGCGAUGAACCCCGACGCCGUCAUCAUCAAUGGUCCAUACCUUGUCCGAUCCGUUGCUGUCGAAGGCUCCAAGCUAUCGGUGCAAGCGGACUUCAACACCACUACACCAGUUGAGAUCGUCGGUGCGCCUAAGGGAACCUCUCGUCUGUCUAUCAACGGCAAGGACACUUCUUUUACCAAGUCCAAGCUUGGAAAUUGGCUCGUCAACCCAGACAUCAAGCUUCCCUCCGUCAAAGUUCCUGAUCUGAAGUCGUUGGAUUGGCACUACAUCGACGGUCUUCCUGAAGUGAAGAAAGACUACGAUGAUUCAAAGUGGCGGACUGCUGAUAUCAAAAAGACUUUCAACUCAAAGUGGCCUCUCAACAACUCGGUGUCGCUGUACUCUGGCGACUACGGCUUCAAUGCUGGUGCACUGAUCUUCCGAGGCCAUUUCACUGCAUCAGGAUCCGAGUCCAAGCUCAAACUCUGGACAUUCGGUGGCCGCGCCUAUGGAAGUUCAGUCUGGCUCGAUGACAAGUUCGUUGGAUCCGUCACAGGCGGGGGCAACAACAACAAUGACACGUCAACCUACAAACUCCCCAAGACCGAAAAGGGUAAAGAGCACGUCGUCACAGUUAUUGUCGACAACAUGGGCCUGAAUGGAAACUGGGUCCCCGGCGCCGAUGAGACGAAGCAGCCCCGUGGAAUUCUCGACUGGCACAUUACUUCGGACUCUGGCAAGGAGACAAAGGUGUCAAAGUGGAAACUGACGGGCAAUCUCGGCGGCGAGAGUUACAAGGACAAGUUCCGCGGUCCCCUCAACGAAGGCGGCUUUUUCUUCGAGCGCCAAGGCUAUCAUCUCCCAUCCCCUCCGCUCUCCUCCUUCAAACCCGGUUCCCCCUUCAAAGGCCUUUCCAAACCUGGCGUGUCAUUCUUCACAGCUAAACUCCCCCUUAACCUCCCUUCUUCAACACACGACAUUCCUCUAUCAUUCACUUUCAAGAACAACACGUCCAGCACAGGCGCGUACCGCGCUAUCCUCUACGUACAUGGUUUCCAGUACGGAAAAUACGUCGCAAACGUAGGACCCCAGACAGACUUCCCCGUCCCUGAAGGAAUUUUCAACUACAAGGGUGAUAACUGGAUCGGCAUUGCGCUCUGGGCGUUGGAGAAGAGCGCUAACGUGGAUGGGCUGAGCUUAACAGCUGGAGUGCCUGUUCAGACCGGUCGAAAGCCUGUGAAGGUGGUUGAGGGGCCGAAGUAUUCUAAACGCCGAGAUGCUUAUUAG